AAAUAGUGACGAUAAUGUAUCUAAUCUAAUCGGGAAGAUUUAAUCAUGAAGAAAAUUUCAUUGGUAAAUAUAAAAAAAAAAAAAAUGUGACGAUUAUCAUGUUGAAAAUGUGCCGAGAAGGAAGGAGCAAAUGUAAUUUUAGCCUACUUAUAAUAGAACUUGGUAAAGCGAUAGAGAAAAAAAAAUAAGAUAAUAAGUAACACGUUCAAACAUUAUUUUCAUAAUUUUAGCAUUCAGUUUUCAAGUGUACGCGUAGAAAAGGAGGCUAUAUACCAGUGUACAUAUCAGUGGAAUUUUUCUCUGCCUUUCGCCAGAGUAAUUUUUAGUUUGCGUUAUAAUAUUAAAACGUUAUAAAAAACGUUUGUCCUCGACAAAGAUAUAUUAAUUUCAAAUCGAUCUCUCGAAGAUCGAUCCUCUGAGACGCGAUUUUCAAUAUAUCGAAAUGAUACUUUGUACAUUAAUAUUUUGGAUCGAUUCGAAAAAUCGAUUCAUUGGAAGAACGAUGCAUCGGCAUGAAUGAUGCGUCAAGAUUCUCGAUUAGUAAGAGGCAAAAGGACAAGCGUGUUGUGUUUCGCUAAAUUAACGUGACUUUCUUAUUUGUAGGAAUGUACCCUACACACACAUAUAUAUAUAUAUAUGUGUGUGUGUGUAUAUCAACUACUUGAGGCAAAAAGUAACUAUUUAAAGAAUGCUAGUAACUCACUAAAUAUCCCAUUGCAAUGUUGUCCGGAGCAUGUCAGGAGUUGGCGACGCUGACUACUCUCUGCGCGCUAUUUAUUAUAUCGAUUGGAUGAUCAAAUUGGAGAUUUUAUUUUUCGAAAAUUAUGCGUAGUAGUGAUGUUGUAGAAAGCUAAUUGAAGAGUCGUUGAAAAUAAAGAAAAGAAAGGAAACUUGUGUUUAUAUGCGGCUACGUAAGUAGUAGUUAUUUCUACUGUUCAAAAUAUGAAAAAUGAAAUAUUUUUGAACGCAACCAAAGAUUUUGUUGGUUGGCGCAUGACACAAUGGAGAGGAAAGAGGAAAAUAUAAGAGGAAUAUACAACCAAUUAGCCCCACCCUCCAUAUAUACCAGUAUAUCCAGCAUCAAUCCAGCGGAUACGCAAGAUAUGAAUUGCACCGGGUUGUUUUUGCAAUCAUCUCGGAUAGAAAAUCAAGUUGUCUCCUCUAGUAACAAUUUAAGAAAUAUCGUGGCAAAGAAAAAAAGUAGACAUACUAUAAAUAAACCAAUAAUUACAUCCUCAACUAACGAACGAUCUUUAAGAAAGAAAGAUUCCUUCAAUGGCAAAACAUUAUUGAUUAAUGAGAAUUUGUCUGCGACGGAAAAAUAUUUGUCAAAUAAGGGAGACGGUUUUGAUAAUGUCAAUUUUCUUAAAUCGCAGAAAGACAAUGCAAAGGGAAAAAAAGGCGAUAAUAAUAACUUUGGCCGUCCUGAAGUGGGCAUUAUUAGAAGCCCCGAGGAAAGAUCAGAUAGAACUUUUUUUAACUGGAGAGUUAUUUUAAAUGAAAAUGGUCACUUAGUUAUUAAGGGAACAUUAGAAAGCGGGAAAAUCGCACGCACUAAGCCCAUACUUAAUAGAUUGACGGCUAGAAGCUUGGAAUCUAUUUUUAAACAAAUAUAUCAUCUUAAAGGGAAUAUUGUGGACAAUAGAAACGAGUUACCAGAAUACGUCCGAGAGAAAUUCUUCAAUGGUUUUCCCGAUGAUUGGGAAGAUGUACUUGAAGUAUGGAAAUUAUUUAUUUCCAAGGGCUCGAAUUCAAACUUUCAUUGGCCAAUCGAAAUUACCGAUAACGAUAAUGACGCGAAUGGCAAAAUGUCCGAUCUAACAUUUGAACGUACGAACGAAGAAGAUGUACCGAAGUUUAACGAGUCAGGCACAGUUAUUUCAACUGUACAAAUGCCAAAUGUCUCUAAUUUCCAAAUAUCUUUUAGCAGUUUAUGCGGUAAUAAUUGGAAGGAUCGAACUAAAAUUAACAUGUACGCUCCUAGCGUGAUGACAAAGAAAACGCAUAAUUAUAAGGAAAAUCAAUGUCAGAACGAAAAUGUUAAUAUACGUCGAUUGUCUCUUCCUCUGAAAGACGAUAAAACGAGAGACAUGGAGGAAGAUAAAAUUGAUAUUAUCGUUAAUAAUUUGCGGCAUAAGGAUUGCCCUGAAGAAUACAUUAUCAAAAUAAUACAAAUGUUUCAUUCUCUCAAUGAUGUUUAUCUCUAUAGAGUGAUGUCAAAUGAUACAGGUAAAAAGAUCAAUAAUAAUGGCCCAUACCAUGGUGAUGACAAGUCUGCGUUCUGUGCCAACCAAAUACAAGGUAAUGAAGUGAUAAGUAAUUCGGAAAGAAGAUCUUGUAUUGUGGAAUGUCAUGAUACGUUAGCUUUAAACGAUUGUUGCACCGAUCGCAAUAGGUGCAAGAUGGUGGAAGGUGCCUAUAAGGAGACAUCUGUUACGACUUUACAACGAUCGCCUAAAAAGGACUCUGAAGUAUUUGCAAGUGAAACUUAUGCGACUGUCAUAUCUGAAAGAACAUUAUUGCCGAACGAAAGAUUGUCAGUUAAAUGGCGGCAUCAACCUGAGGAAAGGAGAGGAGGAACAAAUUAUAAUUCUGUAAAUAAUAGUCAUGUAAAAUUGGCAAAAGGAAAUCGACCAAUAUACCGUAAUAAUUCUAUUACCAAUACAAGUAUUGAUAAUGACGAGAUGGAAAAUCACGAUUCGGAAAUCAAAUUGUCCGAAUUUAGAUGUAAGAGACAUUUGAACAUGACGGAGAACAUAGAACCCAGUGGGAAAAAAGCCAAGACGAUAAAUACCUUUGUCGAUGCGAAUCAUGUUGAUCUAAUUCAUAGAACUAGUGAGAACGGUGUUAACCGUUCCACCAAUAAUAAAAUGAUGCCGUUGAAACAAAAGCAGAACGUAACGUCAACACCUUUGCCCAUUGUGAAAAGUCAUACUCUUGAUAUAAACCCAAAUAAAGAUGCGACCAAUGAUAAAAAUAUGAUGGAUGAAACAACUUUGUGCAGAAAUAUUAUAACCGACCUUAUUGGUGAACAUAAGGGUGACUCGAAAGACGAGUCAAUGAAAAUGCAAUCAUGCAAUUCAAAAAUGAAUCAUGAAAAUGCAAUAGAUCCUAUUACCCUUGACACGGAUACGCCCUUUUUAAUAUUAAAUUCGACAUCUUCCAUUAAAACGCCUCGUUCGGUGCACACAUCGAACGAUGCAUUUUUAAGCGCAAGGAAACCUCAACUAUUGUCCGAUUGGAUACCAAGGGUUUUAUUUGACCUUAAGUCCGCUUCCGAGUUAAGUUUGGUCUUUGAAGGUAAAUUACUCAACGAGGCCGGCCACGUGGUUCAUAGAAAAUUUACGACUGAACGUAUACGGAAACGGCUAUCGACAAAUUUAAUCGAAGAUACAAAUCGAGAAGUUUAUCGACUCGUCGGAGAUCUGCGCGAUUCUAAACACGUUGUACCAAAAGAAUUACUGAGAUAUUGCCGCGAAGGAUGCCCAUUUAAUAUAAACGAAUUUUGUAAAAUGUGGAAAUCAUAUCGAGGAGCUAAUACAAGAGAAAUGGUAACAAAGGUAGGAAAUGAUAUGAUAGAUAUAUUGAAUGUACCUACAAGUUCAAGAGGACGUAGGAUAUUUCCACCGUUGAGUUAUUGGACCGGAGAGCGCGUUGCUUUUAGAGAUAACGAAGUAGUCUAUACAACGGGUCGUUCUCCGAAGUGUUCUAUAGCUCGAUUGCCUGAAAAUACAAGCAACAAAUUGCAAGCGAAAGGAAAGAUGUGCGAUCGAUCUAACGAUCUUAAAAUCUCUAGACAAAAAGGUGCAACUGAUGAUGCGUCGGAAGAUGAAAAUAUCGUGUCAUUACCUACUACUAAUUUACAACAGCGAGUUGAUGUACGGGCACAUAGAUCAACCGAUCUGCAAAAAACGGAUAGGAACAAUGCUGCCGUAUCACAAUCGGAUGAACGUAGAAAACAAUAUGGCAUAAGGCAACAGUCACCUAUUAAGAAACAAAAUCUAAUGUACACUUAUUACAAAAGUAUUCCACACGCGGACGACAUUUUGUCCGACGAUCAAAUAUCUCAGUUAUAAAUCUAUCCUCUUGUAUUUUUAACGAUAGUUGGUUAAUGCAAGUUCUCGUUUUCCGAUAAGAUGUAUGACAAUAACAUGUUAUGAUAACUCUUUGAA